UGAUCACACUUGCGAGUAUGUGUAUUCAGUUCAAAUGGACCAGUUCAAAAAUGAAGACCAGCCAAUGACAGUUACAGCCACUGCACAAAUCACCUGCGAAUCAAGUGGAUCGUAUGGCUCAGUUGAUGCAACUCGGUACUGUAUGAGAUUCGGACAAAACCAGUCAAAUGAAACGGACGUCAACUUAAGUACACUGCAUGGGUUUGCAGUGGAUCAUCUCUCUGGCUGGUUCUGUUUUGUCCAGACCAGUGAGGGUCGUGUGGUGUCAGUGUUCCACUCCAGGACAGAGGACAGCGAGGCCGUCACAUUCAAGAAGGGCAUUGCUGCAGCUUUUCAGGCCAACUUCAGAGGAACAUUUGAAGAGACUGAGAUUGACACAAACUCCAAACAUCUGUCCCAUUACAGCUAUGAGAAGUCGGGAGAAGGCUCCAUCAAGAUGCAUCGCAGCAUCAGCAAUGAUGAUGUGGUGGAGUACCCGGCAAACAUACCUGCUGGAGAUGUUGAACUGGUUGAAGAAGAAGACAUUGAGUACAAAGAUGGCCGACUGGUCAAGUCUAAUGGAACCAUGCACCUCUUGGUAGAGAGGGUCAUGUCGACACAACAGGAUGACGGGACACCUACCGAGGACCACGAAGAUGAAUUCUCAAACAUAUUCAAUGUCCGUGGCAAUUUCAGCAUGGAACUGAGAGUGUGCAGACUAGUCCCUCGUACUGCCAGGAGAAGAAGAGGCGCAGUGAGAGAGAACAUCGACAGCGACUCAUCAUCAGAGGAGACACUCAUGGCAUCAUUUGAUCAAAAAAAGAGUGACUUGGAGACACUAGAAAAACUUCGCGAAAAUCUUCAAACCUCUGAUCAGAUGAUUGCCGCAAUUCGAAAUGCCAACAACACCAAAUUCUGUGAGUAUAAAACUUGACUUGUUGUCUCACCUGUAGCUCUCUCAUACAGUUGAAUUGUUACAACCCCUAUCAUUAGCAUUUAUCUCCAUGCAUGCAUACACCAGACAAGGUGCUAGAAGUGGUGAUGGUGUUGGAGUCCAAAUAUGGAGCCAAAGGAACUCCCAUGAUAGAACAUGUCCUUGACUACUUAAAUGAGGUAAACUCAAUUCUUUUGCACUCUCUCUUAAUUAGUAAGGACUGUAUACUGAAAAUACCAUGCACACACAACUACAUUCUGAAGGUGAUCGAUGAGAAGUCAGAGACUUAUGAGAUCCAACGACUGAACAUCUACUCCCUACUAGGCACAGAGGGCAGUCUCCAGGCACAGAAUGUGCUGAUGGAGCGACUGAGAUCACCUGAUCUGUCAGACAUGGAGAGGAACUCACUCAUACUAGCCGUAGCCUCACUCCCUGAUCCCAGCUCUGGACUCAUUCAAACACUCGAGCACAUGAUCGCACAGAACGAGGAGACAACCACUCUUCUCCUGGCCUACGGUGCUCUUGUAGCCAACGUUGCUCCUGACAGAGAACGUGAGAUGGUUAAAUUUAUAACUGAUCGACUCCCUCGAGAUCCUACUGAUAUUGAAGUACUUAUCCAUGUCUUGCAUGCACUGGGAAACACUCAGUCGAUGUUAGCAGUGGAGCACAUCAUACACUACUCACAGCAUGAAGAUGAAGCUGUUGGACUGGCUGCAGUGACCGCAUUGAGACUAUUCACGAGCGAACCAUCCGUUCAACAGCAGUUUAUUUACACUCUGGGGAAUUACACUCAUUCGGUCGCUCUUGUAAGUGCCAUCAUUGAUGCCCUUCGAGAUGGCUUUGAGCAGAAUCGACAAAUGACUUUCAAUGAAGACUUGAUACAUCUUCUCACGAACAUUACCCUUGAUCUUGGGAACUCUGCUCUUGAAAAUGAGCUCGUUGACUUUUUAAAAUUGGUUGGCACUCGUGAAACACUAGCUUUAGCUGAUAUGAUCAACACUAGCAGUGGUUUAUCACGUCAAAAGCGGCUAUCGAGCACUGAUUGGUCCUCUACCGAUUCAAAUUUCAAUGCUGUGUGUCCUCUCAGUGAGAGAGUUCAAGAUGAGAGUGACUUCCCCAACCAUCGUGCCUACCUUUGGUGGAAACGAAUUGGUCGAACAUCUUCCAGUUACCCAUUCUAUGUGCAAGCAACUGCUGGAGCAUUCGCAGGUUACAGUAGCAAUUGCGAUUUUAAGGUCAAAGCAAAAGCUCUCAUUCGUGGAUGUGUACUUAGUCGCGAGGGUGAGAUUGUGAACAUUCUGGGUAGCUAUGUGUCUCUAAAUGGACAGAUGAACGGAAAACUAUAUGUCAAGUUUGGUUCCAACGUAGUCUUAGACAUCAAUCAAAAUGUCGUCACAUCAUUCACCAGAACAUACAACCUUCCAACAUACAGAAGAACACUGUUCACCUUUUCCUACACAUUCACAGUGUGGAUCAUACCACUGACACUCUCUGUGGAUGUUCAGAUAGGGUUAAGGGGGACGAUGCAAGUUUCGGGCAAUUUGAAUGCUGCUCUACAAGCAAGAGCAGAAAUUGCACCGACUGCCUAUGCUUCAGUUACUGCCAGUGUCUCUGUCUCUCUUCUGAUUGGUCGUGCGGGACUUUCCCUGACUGGCUCCACUGAGUACAGCAUAGGAGUAGAAGCAUCUGUCAACACUUGCUGGGUGAAUCCCAGUGUGGCCGUAACGGUGUACGAUGAAUGGCCCGGAGGGCAAAUCACAUUCUCUGCCUUCUACCAGUGGCGAAGUUAUUCAUGGUGGUCUGGGGUAAGAUUCGUACCUAACUCUUAAGCAAAUGUCUGCAUCAUUCAGUUUAUGCACACUUCCUAAUAAGCACAAACCAACUACAAAUGGAGACUCUUUCACACGUUAGCGUUACAAUUGGAAUAAAAGUUGAUGUAGAACGUAUUUACUACUCAUACGUUGAAUGACAUAUCCUUCUUCUUCAAGAAGCAUCCCAAAAAAAAGCAGUUUUCAAGAAGCAGUACAUCACCACCCUUAGACCGAUAAAAAAAUAUUAAAAGAUAAGUAGCCAAGCCUUCUAGAGGGAGCUUUGCUUUCAUAUGUGGAUAGCUACCAUUCCCUAUCCUAUGCUUACAGAUUUAGAGUUUGAGUUGAGUAUAUUCGUGUAAAUGGUUUUUUCGUCAAAACUGUGUACUGCUCGAGUCAAUGUCCGAGUACAGUAAUGUGACUGUAGUAUGAAAAAACUCUUUGUGCAGUCUGUUGAGUUCAGUCAGGGAAGGAUUAAUGUUUUGUGUUAUUAGAACUAUCCACAGUGCUUAGUGGGUGAGCUCAAUACCAUAUGACAUCUUAGUACACAGUCUCUCAGUGGAGGGCGCAGGACCUGUACAUGUUACCCAACCAAGCUAAACAAACACAGCCCACUGUCACAGUCCUGAUACUAUGGACAAUCUGGGUCACUCUAGAUGUAACAUACAUUUUAUAACAUAGCUAAUGGACCACAAAAAUUGCGAAUGGACAUAACUAGAACGAUGAUUUACCUGGAGGUUCACUCCCCAAGUUUUCAUACUAUUACACAGUUUUCUUGUAGGGCAUUCAAAAUGCUAAAUAUUAUAAUAAAUUUGUGUUAGUUGGCGCAUGCACCGGGAAUA